CAGACGCUCUCCUCGCCGGCUCCCCUCCCCCGCCGGCCCCGCCGUAUGGUGUGUGUGGCACUGGCAGCUGUUGUCAAAAGAAGGCACCUCUUUGUCUCCAGGGGAUGAAAGACAUUUGGUUUUCAUCGCCACCCUUUCUCUCCGCCCGACAACUUUUCUCCGCGCGCUGCACCCCGUCCCCAGAAGGCGCCCCUGGAUGCGAGAGCCGGGCCCCGAGUCGCCACCCCCGUUAGCUUUGGUGUCUGUUUCCUCCCGGACUCCGUCCUCCCGGAGCACUUCUGCCUCUACCUCCAACUCUUUGAGUUACUAGAAGUCUGCCUCUCAAGUGGAGGGUUCAAAGUAGGGGAAUUCACUUUAAGAAAUCCCGGGUUUCUUCUCUUGCAGCGCUGCUCGCGGAGUUCGCCGGCCGGCCGCUUCUCCCCUCAGACCCACUAGCACCACCUUCUGUAGCGAGGAGCUCAUUGCCGAGUCUGUCCCCGUUGUUAGCGCAGGACCUCCGCCGCGCGAGCUCCCAAAUUCGGCCUGUUCGCCAGAGUAAAGACUAGUCGCUUCACGAGACGAAGGCCUCGGUUUUAGGGAUGUCGGGCUCAGGCAGCUAGACGACCUUCUGGCUGAAGGCAAGGCGACACGAUGAUGGAAACAACAGCCUGUGUUUUUCUUCAAGCUUCGGAAUGAAAUGUAGGAUUAAAAUAUGUCUUAAGGUUUCGCACUACCUUUCAUGCAUAGCUAAAUGCGAUUUACUUUUUUUUCCCCCUGUGGAGGAGCUUUAUAAAAAUUAAAAAAUGAGAAAAAAAGUCUGGCUGGCCAUGUGUCUGGGAUUUGGAGUUCAAGGAGUAGUGCCCCUGAACCUGUAAUCUGCACCACGGAUACUUGGAACAGAUGGUGUUUUCCAGACCUAUCUGGAACUUGAAAGGGUCACAUUCGUGAGCGAAAAAGCAGGAUCAAGAAGGUGGAGGGAAACAGUGGAGAGAAAAAUGCAGAAGCUUGUAGUCACCAGUGUGGGGAAUCUCUAGAGUAAAACCAGUUCUGGAGGUGGGGAAGUGCAAGAUCAAGGCGCCAGCAGAUUCCGUGUCUGGUGAGGACCUGCCUCAUUGUUCAUAGACAGCCUUCUUUUCUCUGCAUCCCUACAUGGUGGGUUGAAAAUUGGCAGUUCUGAGGCUUUCAGACCAAAGAAGACUUUCCUCUCUCACUGACAAUCGCCACCAUGAUUCAUAGCCUCUUCUUGAUCAACUCCUCAGGAGAUAUUUUCCUGGAAAAACAUUGGAAAAGUGUGGUCAGCCGUUCUGUUUGUGAUUACUUUUUUGAGGCGCAAGAGAGAGCGACUGAGGCAGAAAAUGUACCUCCAGUUAUCCCUACCCCUCACCACUAUCUCUUAAGUGUUUACCGUCACAAGAUCUUUUUUGUGGCUGUGAUCCAGACAGAGGUCCCACCUCUGUUUGUUAUUGAGUUCCUUCACCGCGUAGUGGACACAUUUCAGGAUUAUUUUGGAGUCUGUUCAGAGCCAGUGAUCAAAGACAAUGUGGUUGUGGUUUAUGAGGUACUAGAAGAGAUGCUUGACAAUGGGUUUCCAUUGGCUACUGAGUCAAACAUCCUCAAAGAACUGAUAAAGCCUCCCACUAUCCUUCGAACGGUCGUCAACACCAUAACAGGAAGCACCAAUGUGGGUGACCAGCUUCCUACUGGACAGCUGUCAGUGGUGCCCUGGCGAAGAACUGGGGUGAAGUACACCAACAAUGAGGCCUAUUUUGAUGUGAUCGAAGAGAUUGAUGCUAUCAUUGAUAAAUCAGGUUCCACAAUUACUGCUGAGAUCCAGGGGGUCAUUGAUGCCUGCGUCAAGCUGACUGGAAUGCCAGACCUUACGCUAUCCUUCAUGAAUCCUAGGUUGUUGGAUGAUGUCAGCUUCCAUCCUUGUGUUCGUUUCAAGCGCUGGGAAUCUGAGCGUAUUCUCUCCUUCAUCCCUCCUGAUGGAAACUUUCGCCUGCUCUCUUACCAUGUCAGUGCACAGAAUCUGGUGGCAAUUCCAGUGUAUGUUAAACAUAGCAUCAGUUUCCGGGACAGUAGUUCACUUGGACGCUUUGAAAUAACAGUGGGACCGAAGCAGACUAUGGGGAAGACCAUAGAGGGAGUGAUUGUCACCAGCCAGAUGCCCAAAGGGGUCCUGAAUAUGAGCCUCACUCCAUCUCAGGGGACACAUACAUUUGACCCAGUUACCAAGAUGUUGUCAUGGGAUGUAGGAAAAAUAAAUCCGCAAAAGCUACCAAGUUUGAAGGGGACCAUGAGUCUUCAGGCUGGAGCUUCCAAGCCAGAUGAGAACCCCACAAUUAAUCUGCAGUUUAAGAUCCAGCAGCUGGCCAUUUCUGGACUCAAGGUGAAUCGUCUGGAUAUGUAUGGAGAAAAGUACAAACCCUUUAAGGGCAUAAAAUACAUGACCAAAGCUGGAAAGUUCCAAGUUCGAACCUGAAGGGAGAGUUUUGCAAAAAGAACAGUCAUGAACGUUUUUUCAUUUCUUACUUUCUAAAAGUAAAAAAUAUCAGCCUGUCUCCUAGGUCAGUAUCCCCUUCUGGACCCACCCGCUCCCUUUUUUCCUUAGCCUUCAGUGCCAUGGAGCUAAUCAAGGGAGAGAAGGGUCGCCAGGGAGAACUGGACAGAACUGAAACACAAUCAGCACCAACUCAGUUCUGCGAGAAGAGAUGUGUGACGGAGGGUGGAGACACUUGAUGCCAUAUUUGACUAUUCUUAACGUGGCUACCAUAGAAAAAGACUAGCAUUUGUUACUUGCUUGGCUUUAAUGAUCUAAAGCCAACGAACGACUUCUUUUUGUUUUUUAAGGUAGAAAGAUUAGAAAGAAGGAAAGAAAGCUUGGAAGAGUAUGAAUGUUAGUCACAGAAAGGCCAGUUAAGGAUCUGAUCUAUGAGGGAGAAGAAAGGAAACAGUAUUGAAGAGGUAUGAGGACACAGGCUCAAGUGAAAGGGGCAGGAGAAGUAGUCAAGCCCCAUAUGAAGGAGGGUUGGAAGGAAAAGAGUGGAGUUGGUUUCUUUCUGAUCCCUCUACUUUGAUAUAUAUAUAUAUAAAAUCAUCAGUACUUCUAGAAGGGAACUGGAAACUUCUUAAAUUUGAGUCCACUGAUGACAUGGAAAACCCCAGUAGAAUCAGAUUUUCCCUUGAAGACUAUGACGAUAUCCGACCAGUUUUCAGAUACUAACUACUGUUUGCCUUUAGCACUUGGUCUGUCAUCUUCUGUGAGAAGGUGACCUGCCCUCUUCCUGGCAGAGGCCGCCUGAAAUGCCCCUUUUCCAACCCAAAACAGUUUAUUCACUUUACAUUGCAGAAUUCACCAUUUUUCCUGUUACCCAAGGACAGUUUCAGAAAAGCCAAUCCCAUAAUCCCAGGGCAGCCAGAUUUUGUGUGUCACCGUUUUGGAGUGUAGAUGACCAACUGCUUCCUCAUGAAGUGCAUCAUGGCUGUAACCCAGUGACUCCUUAUUUACACUUGUCAGUGCUGGACUAGUGCUGGAGUCUUUAAAAAUUUAUAUAAAAGACAGGUUUUAAAAUUAUUCUAGCUUAAGGAGUGAUACUGUGCUCUGCUUAAUGCAUGGAGAAAAAUGAAGACCUCUCCAAACCCUACAAUUUUUCUCUAAAGCCCUGUUUCCAAAUCCUUCAGCAAUUUUGUUUUGCUAGUUUUAUCUCCCUACUUCCUGGACUUGUUUUUGCUGCACAGUAAUGUUGUUUUGUGGUUUUCCUCUGGGAUAAAUUGUGCUCUAUACAAACAGUUGUGUUUCAUACUCCCAUCGCUCCAGAAUUUGUCCUGAAUGACUAUGUCCUGCAUACAUACUGGUAGGGUAGGGGAACAGCCCUGCCUAUGAUUCCACAAUACUCGGAAUUACUUCUGAGGGCUCUGAAGGAUUUUAAGGUUUCCUAGGUCAUAGGAAAACAACCAGUCUUGGUCCCUGGAUAUUUUUAGGUUUGUAAAUCUAGCUGUGAUAUUUCCUCCCAGACAGUUCAUCCUAAUUUCAAGGGAAGAACUUGAGGAGAAAUCAAGUAUCUAGGGUAUGGGACCUCCAGGCCUUAGCAUGUGAAGUAAUGUAUCACCUGCAUAGCAGACCUCUGGAGCCCAGUGGAGCAUCGCGGCGACCACCCAUCAGGGUGUCAGCAUAAGAAGUGCAGGCCGUCUUGGUUGAGCUUUUCGAUUCCAUACGUGUUUAAUAUGUGUGGAAGUAUCUCCUGUGUUUAAAUCGUAAUAAAGUUGAGUUUUACCAGU